AUGGCCAGAUAUAAUAUCCUCAGAGUCGAUAAUCCUCACCCAAACAGUCACCUGCAGUCUUCACCUAACAGUCAACAGUCAUCACACAGUCACCUACCUACAGUCAACAGUCUCCAGUCAUCACACAGUCAUCUACCUCGAGUCAACAGUCUCCAGUCCUCACAUAGUCGCCAUCUACCGACAGUCAACAGUCUCCAGUCAUCACACAGUCACCUAUCUACAGUCAACAGUCUCCAGUCAUCACACAGUCGUCAUCUACCUCGAGUCAACAGUCUCCGGUUACUCACACAGUCACCUACCCACAGUCAACAGUCUCCAGUCAUCACACAGUCACCUACCUACAGUCAACAGUCUCCAGUCAUCACACAGUCGUCAUCUACCUCGAGUGAACAGUCUCCAGUCAUCACACAGUCGCCCUCUACCGACAGUCAACAGUCUCCAGUCCUCACACAGUUAUCACCUACCUACAGUCAACAGUCUCCAGUCAUCACACAGUCACCUAUCUACAGUCAACAGUUUCCAGUCCUCACACAGUCUUCACCUACCUACAGUCAACCGUCUUCAGUCCUCACACAGUCGUCACCUACCUACAGUUAA